AUGGACGGUUUCAACAACUGCCUCUUCGCAUACGGCCAGACAGGCUCUGGAAAGACUCACUCUGUCCUUGGUGCAGAUGAUCCACCUGAAAAUCGAGGACUGCUUCCGCGAAUCCUGCUGGAGCUCUUCAAACGGAUCGAGACGACGCGCAGCUCCGCAAAAGUGGAGUUCCAGUGCCAGGCGUGGCAGGAACAUGCAGAGUUCGAUUACUGCUCGUCCAGGCGGGAGCCGGAGCCAACACCCCGAACCUGGCAGGUGUCCUACCUGGAGAUCUACAAUGAGCAGAUUCGUGACUUGCUUGUGCCUCUGACGGACAAGCCAGCCAAGCUGACAGCACCGCUCCUGCAAGUUGAGCUGGUCCGCCAUCACCCGAAGCUCGGAAUCUACGUUGCUGGCUUGACGACCAACGCUGUCACCACCUACGAGGAGGUGCAAAGCAUCCUUGACUUUGGUGCCAAAUCGCGCAGCGUCCCUCGUGGUUGCAAGGGCAGUGUUGGCGCAAGUGGUUUCAAUGAAGUGUGCUUUGUUGGGCUAGCUAGGAAUUCGGCCUCCUCGCGGUCUCACUGCAUCUUCAACUUCGUGCUCUUGAAGCGCGAAGUUGCAGAUGGUGUUGAUUCGGAGCAGCGUGCAAGUGUCAACUUGGUCGAUCUUGCAGGCUCCGAGCGGCAGAAGAAAACCGGCGCCAGCGGGAGCCUCCUCAAGGAGGGUGCCAUGAUCAACCAGUCUCUUUCAAAUUUGGCUUUGGUCAUCAACAAGCUGGCCGCCUCUGGACGGGACGACGGCAAAGCUGAUUUCGUGCCCUUCCGCAACUCCAAGCUCACGCACAUUCUGCAGCUUGGAUGGAGCUAUAAAGAGCAUCCGAUGCUUCCACAGGACUUCGAUGGGCAGGAAUCCUUGAGUGGCAACUCCAAGACGGUGAUGAUCGCUGCACUAUCACCCGCGCUGUCCAACUUCGAUGAGACGCUCAGCACUCUCAAGUUUGCCAGGGCCCAGACCUGCAAGAACGUUGCAACCAAGGCGGUGAGGAAUCAGGCCACCUUCGAACUCUAUGGGUUGGGGUUGUCGCUCAAAAAGCCAGUAGUAGAGGAGCAAAUGGUUAACUGA